CCCAGAUGCUGCAUUACCAGUUGCCCAGCAUUGUUCAACACUAUACUAUUAAACCCAAAACAAAUGAUAUUGGCUGGGGUUUUUUUUAUUUGAGUUUUUCUUAAACACCAUGCGUAUAUUGAUUAUUCUAGGUAUAAUUUAGAUAUCAUAGUCUCACGCAUUGGAGCGUUCUCGGAACGCUGAUAGAGUUGCACCAGCAAUCCCACUACAGACUGCUUAUCUCAACUGUCUUGAACUUCAAACAAGUGCUGUAUCGCUGCUGUUUGCGUAAAGAGAGGCUACUAUUUCAUCUUUAUUUUCUUUAAAAAAAAGCGUUAUAAAAAAAAGAAUGUUUUUCUCUUACCCUCCAUCUCACCACCGUUCAGUAUUCCAUCUCACCAUCAUCGUCCAGUCCCCAAUGCAUGCAUCUACCCGAGUGAAACAAUCAUACCCAAUGAAAGCCCCCCAAAAGUAUCCAUAAGCCGCUAUCUUGCAGCCUUAUGUUUGCCCGUUGCGCGCUAAUGCGUCAUCGGCCACCGCCCGCCGGAAAUGUCCCCAAUUCCACGGUGGAGCUCCUCCGCCUGACACGGUCACUGGGCGUUACCCCCAAAGCGACCGCACCUCUUUGCUAUCCUCUCAUCGCCGCCUUUAAUCUCCAAAUAACAACACAAAGCAUCGCUGGUCGCUGCGUAAAACCCCCUCAAAAUCACCAUCGACUGCUUCAGUCACCAAGAGACACAAAAAGCUCGCCUUGAAACACGUCGCUCACUCAGCAAACCAACCCGCUCGUCUAGCGGCAGCACGCCAUGGAUCUCUUGCAGGCCGGCAGCGCUCAGUGCGAUGGACUCCGGUCUCCAGGCUAUACAGGGCUCAUUAUUUCCAUCGUCAUCCUCAUCGGCAUCUUCGUCUCCUAUCUCCCCCAACACUAUCGCAUCAUCGCACGCGGCACCGCGGAGGGCAUCUCACCCCUCUUUGUCCUUCUUGGCACAACAUCUGCCACGGCCGGCUUUGCCAAUAUUCUCGUCGUUCCCCCCUCUCGAGACGCGAUAAGCUGCUGCAGAGAGCUCGAGACGUUUGAGUGCGCGGCUGGCUUGCUUGGCGUGGCGCAGCUAGGCAUCCAGUGGCUAUGCUACAGCUUAAUUCUUGUUCUCUUUUUAGUGUUUUUCCGAUACGAUGACGCAACCGUGCCCCAGGAGGAACUUGCUGGCGAAUCCCCCAAGUGGCAGACUGCGACGUUGGUUGGCCUGCUCGCCUUCCUACAUGGUUUAGUGGUCGUCGUGUUGACUGGCGUCUUUGCCAUUGCAAAGCCCGGACUACUUAACACAUGGGCCAUCAUUCUCGGCAUUAUGGCUACGGGUCUCGCAGCCGUCCAGUACGUACCACAAAUCUUGACGACGUACCGCAUCAAGCAUGCCGGCAGCUUGAGCAUUCCCAUGAUGUGCAUCCAAACGCCUGGUGGGCUAUUAGUUGCGGCCAGUCUCUAUUUCCGCCUGGGCUGGGAAGGCUGGAGCACGUGGAUCAUCUACCUCCUAACCGCUGCAAUGCAGGGCGCCGUCCUAGGAUUAUGUGUAUACUAUGAAGUCGUCGCGCGACGAGAAGAUCAUCCGCCUGCUAUUUACAUUGACGGUGAUCCCAACGUCCCCGAUCAGACUCCCAGCUCCGAUACGAGGCCUGUUGCUAACCGCACCUACUCGGAGGGCUGGGAGCGUGGAUUGCCGGGGCCAUUCACCGGACACCCCGAACUAUAUGCCGAAACAGAGGAGGAUCUGGAGCAUAUCCAGGACCGUGAGGAGAGGGCUAUUGCCCGGGAGAGCCAGCCGCUGCUCAAACCCGGUGGUAUUGGUAACCCGAACAAAGGCUAUGAUGCUGUCCGUCGCGAAUAACGGCGAGUUUGCUGUGGUUGCUGUUGAUGAAGUCUACAGGCGUUGCUUGUCCCCCUUUAUGUACAAAGAUAACUAUAACCAAACUUGGGUUCAAACUCGAAUAUCCAUUAUUUCAAACCAAGAACUCAUGCGAUCAGGCCACUCAUAAUAGAACAUUGUGUCUCUCGUGCAUAAACGACACGCGAU